AAACGAGUCAAGAGCAUAAGAAAAACGAACAGCAAACGGCGAAGUUCUCCUGGGCAGGGCGCACCACCUACACCUCGGCGGCUACACCGCUUCCACCCUCCGAUUAUUGGAUGUUGGGUUGCUGCGGAGGAUGAGGAAAGUUGUUCCGGGUCAUCUGCUAUUUUCUCAGAAGAUCUACAUUAAAUUAAGUACUACCCAUUUUCAUCAAACCCCGCUUCUGUUUUGCUUAGUACAUCGGUAUUUCUCUACAAAAUCAGUAUCAAAGUGCACUUUGGGGGAGAAAUUCAAGCUUGAUGUUGGCACUAUUAAUGGGUUGAAUGAUGCUUUGAGUGUGUAUAAAAAAAUGGUCAAAAUGAACCCACGGCCCUGUGUGCGCGAAUUUAAUAAGCUGCUUUCGCAUAUUGUCAAGCUAAGAGAAUGUUCCACCGCCCUUUCCCUUUUCAAAGAAAUCCGCAUUUUAGGGAUUCCAGUUAGUGAGUAUACCAUGAGUAUCGCCGUUAACAGUUAUUGCAUUUCCAAUCGGGUCGAUUAUGGAUUUUCACUUUUGGGUUGGUUUUUUAAGCUUGGUUAUGUACCCAGUGCAACUACCUUCAGCCCCUUGUUGAAGGGUUUGUUUCGAGGAAAUCGGGUUGAUGAGGCACAAGAAUUGUUUAAAAAGAUAGUAAGUGAAGAAUUGUGUGAACUAAAUGUUGUUGUGUAUGGGACUGUGAUAGAUGGACUUUGCAAAGCGGGCAAUACUGCCAGGGCAUUUGAGCUGUUCAGAGUUAUGGAAAGAGGGAGUUGUAUGCCCGACACCUAUAUAUACAGUACACUUAUUAAUGGCUUAUGCAAGGACAGGUUGAUAGAUCCUGCUGUGAAACUUUUCUAUGAAAUGCUUGAAAAGGGCAUCGUCCCGGAUGUUGUAACUUACACCUCAUUACUUCAUGGCUUAUGCAGUCUGAGUCGACUGCAAGAGGCUAAAAUCCUAAUGAAGGAGAUGUUGGGUUGCAAAGUUUAUCCUGAUUUGAUCACAUUCAAUAUCGUGAUUGAUGCCUUAUGUAAGGAAGGGUUGGUGGAUGACGCAGAGGAUGUAGCUCGCAUCAUGAUACAGAAUAAUGUGGUUCCUGAUAUAAUCACUUACAAUUCAUUGAUGGAUGGAUACUGUUUGCAAAGCCGAUUCGAUGAUGCAAGGAAGGUUUUUGAGUCUAUGGCUGGUAAGAGCAUUGUUCCUGAUAUUUUCAGCUAUAACAUCUUAAUAAAUGGGUAUUGCAAGGGGAUGAAAAUUGAUUAUGCCUUGCAUCUCUUCCGCGAGAUGGCACAAAAAGGGUUGGCGGCAGAUGUGACUACUUAUAACACCAUAUUACAGGGGCUGUUCUGUGACUGCAGAUGUUAUGCUGCACUAGAGCUAUUUGAUGAGAUGCAAGUUGUGGGCCAAAAACCUAAUUUUUUUACUUACUGUAAUAUGUUGGAUGGUCUAUGUAGGAAUGGUCAUGUCCAACGAGCACUCUUGUUUUUAGAUGAACUGGAGAAAAAGGGAUUAGAUCUUCACAUAAAUUACUACAAUAUCGCAAUUGAUGGAUUGUGCAAAGCUGGAAAACUUGAUAAUGCACGAGCUCUUUUCAGCUCCCUCCCGUCUAAAGGAUUGCAACCUGAUGUUGUAACAUACGGUGCAAUGAUAAAGGGGUAUUGUCAAGAAGGUCUACUAGUGGAAGCUAAAAAUAUUCUUAUGAACAUGAAACUCAAAAGCUGCUUACCAAAUAGUCUUAUCUACAAUGUUAUUGUUCGAGGAUUUCUUGCGAAGGGUGAAUUUGGUGAGGCCGCAACAUUUCAUGAGGAAAUGGUUGACAGAGGGUUGUCCCCUGAUUAUUCUACAUUGACAUUGUUGCUUGAUUUAUGGCGGACGAGAGAAAAUAAUCUUACUCUUCAUAAUAUGAUUCAGAAAUUUGCGCCAGAGAACACAAUGUUGUAAUUGGAGGAGGAAAUCUUGCUUGAAGGUUUUGAGGAGAACCUGAAUUCAAAGCUUGGUUUCUUCUGGUCGUUCCAACGAUGAAUCAUGUUCAUUUAAAUGCGCGCACUACUUGAGGAUGGCUGAGCAAAUGAAGUUUCCAAACUAAAACCUUUUCUUUGGCAAAUUUUGAGAUCUGGAUAUGCUUCUUGAAGUCUCCUCUGAGUUUCUGCAUCGAAAGUUGGCAAGACUCUCUUAUAUAUGUGGUAACCAUCUGGAUGACGGUUACAGUUCGUACAUAUAAUAUCCGAAGAUGAUAAAGAGGAUCCAUGAAGACCCUGCAUAUUACUGCAUUCUACAAUUUUGUAUUAAGAUCUUCCACACCUGCAUGUAAGUUGUCUUUGGAUUUUGCACUAUCUUUCCAUUCAACAGAAGGUAUUCUUUGUCAGAAAGCCCUGAGGAAAAUAAAUGGACGAAUAUGUUGUGGUGAUCCCAUAGUAUUUGGUAUGUUUCUGGGUAGAUGUAUCACAACUCAUGUGACUGCAACAAUUCCGUUGCGAACUGGAAUUGCUUUAUCAUUGGUGAAGGAAGCUCCUAUAAAGAACUUAUCUAAAUUGAGAGCAUUCUGGAUUGAAUUUUGAGAAUAAUCUGACAAUGAUGAGUUCUGCCCUGUUGAGCAAGUGAGUGAGUGAGUUUAAGAUGGAUAAUGAACUCUUCAGAAUUCUAUAGAAUGUCUGUGAAUUAAGUGCUUUAGCUACUGUGUAUGUUGUCAAGCUUCUUGUGGCAGCUGCAAGUACAUCAAACGGGGUGCAAACUAUGCAGGUGAUCUGGUAAUCGUGAAGCUCCAGUUUCCUCUGAAACACAAGUACUUGACGAAUACGGUGGACAACUCGAGCGUGCUGGACAGCUAUAUGACUGUUGGCUUCUCAAUUUUCCCAAAACUGGAGUUAUAUUAUAGGUAUUUCAAACCAGAAAUAAGGAUUCAAGACUUGAAGCCAUUCUUAAGUACACUGCUGCUGCUGCUUCUUCAGAAGUUGACUCAAUCUUUUGAUGUCCAGAGCUUUUGCUUUUGUAUUAUUAAUAAACUGUGGGGAAGCUCAACUAUGAGAUUUUACUCAUCUCUUGUUGCAUUUCCAACGCUGCAUAUUACUUUUGACACUUUUGAGCAUCAACAAAAUUCUACCCAUGUAUUAAUCAAAUGUUUGAUUUGUUCAGCUCUUGUUGGGAUGUGCUUGGACAGUAAUUCUGCCAUAUAACAUCAUAUAUACACACACACACACAUAAUUGUGUGU